ACUAAGCUAACUCAUUUGCUACUGUUAGACAUGGGGGCUGUGUUUCACAGCCAUCACUGACAGUGGUACUGCUGAGAGCCCACUUACAAUAAUAAAUAAAAUUGACACCUUUUCGUAUUAAGCUGCCAAGUCAGGAAGAAACAUGGAGUCCAUGCUGAACAAGUUGAAAAGCACGGUCACCAAGGUGACGGCAGAUGUCACCAGUGCUGUCAUGGGAAACCCAGUGACACGGGAGUUUGAGGUCGGACGGCAUAUCGCCAGUGGGGGUCCUGGCUUGUGUUGGAGGAUCUAUAAUGGCACCAAGAAGUCCACCAAACAGGAAGUGGCAGUGUUUGUGUUCGAUAAGAAGAUGAUUGACAAGUAUCAGAAAUUUGACAAGGACCAAAUGACUGAUUCCUUGAAAAGGGGUGUGCAACAGCUGACCAGACUGCGUCACCCUCGUCUCCUGACUGUGCAGCAUCCCCUGGAAGAGUCACGAGAUUGCUUGGCGUUCUGUACGGAGCCAGUGUUUGCCAGUCUGUCCAAUGUGCUGGGCCAGUGGGACAACUUGCCCAGCCCCGUACCCAACGACAUCAAGGAGUACAAACUCUUUGAUGUGGAGACAAAGUAUGGCUUGCUUCAGAUCUCGGAGGGUUUGUCCUUUCUCCACAGUGGAGUGAAAAUGGUCCAUGGCAACCUGUGUCCAGAAAAUAUCAUCCUCAACAAGAGUGGAGCGUGGAAGAUUAUGGGCUUUGACUUCAGCAUCUCCUCCACAAACCCCUCUGAUACAGAGCCUAAAUACACCUGUAAAGAGUGGGAGCCCAACCUUCCCUCACUCUGCCUCCCCAACCCAGAGUACCUGGCUCCUGAGUACAUCCUGUCCGUCAGCUGUGACUCUGCCUCUGACAUGUACUCGCUGGGUGUGGUCAUGCAUGCCGUCUUCAAUGAGGGCAAGCCUGUUUUCCAAGUCAAAAAACAUGACAUUUUUAAGAGUUUCAGCAAGCAGCUGGACCAGUUGACUAGCAUGAGUCCAGCACUGUUGAACAAGAUCCCUGAGGAGGUGCGGGAGCAUGUCAAGAUGUUGCUCAGUGUCACACCCACUGUCCGGCCUGAUGCCGACCAGAUGACUAAGAUCCCAUUUUUUGAUGACGUGGGUGCUGUUACUCUCCAGUACUUUGACUCCCUCUUCCAGAGAGACAACCUGCAGAAGUCUCAGUUCUACAAAGGCCUCCCCAAAGUCCUGCCACAACUCCCCAAGAGAGUUGUGGUGCAUCGAAUCUUGCCAGCCCUGACUUCUGAGUUUGUCAAUCCAGACAUGGUUCCCUUUGUGCUGCCCAAUGUGCUACUGAUUGCUGAGGAGUGCACCAAGGAGGAGUACAUUCGUCUCAUCUUGCCUGACCUCACACCUGUUUUCAAGCAGCAAGAGCCUGUCCAGGCUAGUAAUAUGAUCCUGCUGAUCUUCCUGCAAAAGAUGGACCUGCUGCUGACCAAAACGCCAGCAGAGGACAUUAAGAACAGUGUGCUGCCUAUGGUCUACAGAGCUCUGGAAGCCCCUUCUAUACAGAUCCAGGAGCUGUGUCUGAACAUCAUCCCGACAUUUGCCAACCUGAUUGACUACCCGUCAAUGAAGAACUCCCUCAUCCCUCGAGUCAAAUCGGCCUGCCUACAGACCUCCUCACUAGCUGUACGAGUGAACUCCCUGGUGUGUCUGGGAAAGAUUUUGGAAUAUCUAGACAAGUGGUUUGUCAUUGAUGAGAUCCUGCCCUUCCUACACCAGAUCCCCUCUAGAGAACCAGCAGUACUCAUGGGCAUUUUAGGGAUUUAUAAGUGCACCUUCAGCCACAAGAAGUUGGGCAUCCCGAAAGAGCACCUUGCCACCAAGAGCCUGCCUCACCUUGUCUCUCUUUGUAUAGACAACAACCUCAACCUGAACCAGUUUAACUCAUUCAUGGUGGUUAUACGUGACAUGCUGAGUCGUAUGGAGACUGAACACAAGACCAAGUUGGAGCAGCUGCAUAUUAUGCAGGAGCAGCAGAGGAGUAUAAAUAUUGCAAAUCCAGGAAACCAAUUAGAAGAGACCAAGAGCCCACCUAGCUCUGGCAACCAGAUUGACAAAAUCUUUGGCAGCACAGGGGUUAAUGGGAAAGAGAAUGGAUCUGCAACAACAGCUUCACAGCCUAAUAGAAUGUCCCUGACUCUAGAGGAGAAACAGCGAUUGGCUAAGGAGCAGGAGCAAGCGGCCAAACUGAGAAACCAGCAGCCGUUAGCGCCACAGGCUGUCAAACCAGCCACCACCACCAACUCGCAGACUAAGGAUCUGACCAGCAUCCUUCUCAACAACAUGACAUCACUAAACAGCCUGUCUUUGGCCAACACAGCAAGGCCAGCACCAGUGCAAGGCACCACCAUCUCUGCCUUCCCCUCCUCCAGCCCCAUGGCGGGCUCCAUGGGUGCCUCGGUCUCUAACGGCUUCAACCCAACUAUGGGCUUCCAGACAGGAGGCAUGGGGAUGGGCAUGCGGCCCGCAGGCCCCAGCCUCUAUGGUGGCAUGGCCGCCACCACCAGCACCCCAAACUUUGGAGCCCUUGCACAGAACCAAGGACACACUGAACAGACAAAUAAAGCCCCCAACAUGUCAGCCUUGGACAAUCUUUUUACAUCCAACAAGCCCAAAGUUACCCUCAACCAAAUGGGUCCAAUGGCUACACCUGGAACAAACACCCCUUGGCUUAGUCAGUUUGGUUCAGGCCAGAGCACUCAGACUCAGCUGCAGGGUGCACCUGUAGGUAUGGGAGGAGUGCCAAGCGGGUUUGGGAUGCAAGCAAACCCUUUUUUCAGUCCUCAGAACUUUUCUCAACCUGCUACUGCCCCUAGCAUGAACCAAAGUGGAAUUAAACAUAGUGCAUCUGUCAACAAUGAUUUGAAAGACUUGUUUGGCUAAAGUCUGUUUAAAAGAUGAAGGGUUAGGUUUAUUCUUUUAACUACUUUGAACAGAACCGCCUUGAAUUCUCACAGACCAAGACACCGAUUGAAUGUGAAGAUUUUAAUUCUUGCAGGGUUGUUGCCGUCUGUAUUUUUAAUCUGACCUGGUUUAAAUUCGGACUUGAUCACAUUCAGCCGGCAGAUGAACCUGUACCUGAAUUCCAUUUCUACUUGACGAGAAGAACAAAUGGUUGGGCUGGGAAGUACUACUUUUAUGCUGUGCUCUUUAUAUGCUGGGGCUUCCCUACUUUUUGUACUUGACAUUCUUGGGAGUCCAAAUCUCAUAGGUUGAGAUGACUUCCAGCUCAGUUUCUUUAGCAAGGUUUUGUGGUCCUACCAUGAAUAAAUGAGAGGAUUGAA